UCAGUUCAUUAAACCGUUCGCUGGAACUAAUUCCAAACUACUCAAUAGAACUUGUAAAGCGCUGCAUAAAUGUGAAAAAUACAAAUAUAGUUUAAAAAUAAGUAUUAUAGUAGUGUGUUAAUCACACAAAGCCAUGUCAAAGUCAAGUGCAGGUGUGUAUAAGAGUGCAAGCACUCAGGCAAAUACUAAAACACAAGCAAAUGCAGCUCGCUGGGUUAAGUUUUUCAAUGCCGGAGGAAUUCCAUCUCCGGCUGCAGCCAGCUAUGCGCACAUCUUCGUUGAGAAUCGCAUCCAGGACGACAUGCUGUUGGACCUGAACAAAGAGUAUCUACGCGAGAUGGGCAUCACUCCGAUGGGCGACAUAAUAGCCAUACUGCGUCACGCCAAGCAAGUAAGCGACCAAAAUGCCCUCGACAAGGUCCUCGUUCCGGAGACGCCGCUGCCCAAACCGAAGGCAAAAACUAUCAUUUCUGUGGCACCACCUGCAAUGGCGUCAUCACCCGUUAUCAAAGCCUCGCCACCCACAAAGCCAGCACGUCGCGUGCUUCCCGAGCAUGAGGGAAAAUACAAAGUGACUCUCCCCUCGGGCACCACAGAGCGGAGCAAGCAAAUUCUUGCCAAGCGAGAGCAAUUGUACUCAGAUCGUGUGAGCAGCACCAAGAAAACGGACGUUUUCAAGCGAUUGCACAAGAACAAGUGCGAUGAUGAUGCCCAGGAGGGCAUCGUUUCCAGCAGCGGCGAGAGCAAUGUGCGGGUGCAAAUCACUGGCGUCCACAAGACGCCCAGCGUCAUGGUAGCGGCCAGCUCGAGCAGUAAUUCUGUCUUUGCCCGUCUGGGCGGCAAACAUCCGAUGGAUGCACCCGAUCACUCAACUGGUCUGGCAAUUAAAUCUAUUUUGAAAAACACUCAAGGCAAUAGAGGUGGCCGCAUUGUGGGUGGUGUCAAACACAACACGCCCAUAGUCAAGGCCAAACACACAGCAACAGCAGCGUCAGCUGCAGGCGGGUCGCGUCUGCCCCAGCAGAAGGUGCUGCUAGUGCACAAGGUGCCAUUGAAACGUGGCGACGACAGUGACGACGAGAGCAUGGACGAUGACGACUAUAAGGAGACGGACAGUGACAUAGACAGCGAGGCCAGCGAUGGUGAGCUUGUGGAUGUGGAUAUGGCUGGGCCCGCUGAGAAAAUUGUCAAGUUCGCCUCGACGGCAGAGGUGCGAGAAAUAGCUCCACAUACGCCGUACAAGGCGCGUGGCAAUAGUAACUUUGCGCGCAACAUCAAGUCCCGUCUGGGCCUGGUUUCUAAGCUGCACACCACACGCAAAACAUACAAUCUCAAAGCCUCUCCACCAAAGAAGCCAGCCGCGCGUCUGAGUCCCGUCAAGGGCAAAGCAAUUCGCAUGCGCAGCGAUGAGCUGCUCACACGCCAGGAUUCCAUGUCGGUGCACAAGCGUCUGGGCGUCACAGCCGCAGCAACAGCAGCCUCAACAGCCAGUGUAAAGCCGCCGCCUAAGCGCACCCAGAAGCACGAUCAGAAUCCGCAGCAUUUUGGUCCACGCCGGCACUCGAGCAUGAAUGCUGGGAAUCGGUCACGGGUUCAGCCGAACUCCGUUUUCGAUCGCCUUGGAUUCAACAAUUCAAUGUAGAUUUUAAGAAGCUAACCCUAACAAUUGUUUAAGAGUUCGAUUUAGUUCAGUUUACAAGUAAAUGUUUGCAAUCAUUCAAAAUAAUGAGCACUAAAUGUUGUAGCCUUUGUCCGAAAAAAAAAACAAAUUUAAAAUUAUGUUGAUAAAAAAAACAUAUAUAUUGAUGUAUUGUGAUAUCCGUCAGAUGUAUCUUAUGCUUUUUAAU